AGAGAACAGUCAGCUGAGCCUGCCUGUCUAAAGCGCAAGGAUUUUCUUCUCCUCCUCCUCCUCCUUCCUCUUCUUCGCGUUAUCCUUUCCAGCAAAGCCGGAGUGGUGGGGGCAAAAAAAAAAGGCGGAAAAAGAAAGAAAGAAAGAAGGAAGGAGAGAGAGGGGGGAAAAAAGGAAAGAAAGAAAGAAAGGAGGGGUUUCCCCUUCUCCCAAGACACCCCACCAGCACCAACCCAAAAGAGAGAAGGAGCCACCGGAGACGUCAUGGCACCCGCUGGCUUGAAAGCCGUGGUGGGAGAAAAGAUUAUGGCUGAUGUCAUAAAGAAAGUAAAAAAGAAGGGAGAAUGGAAGGUGCUGGUGGUCGAUCAGCUGAGCAUGCGUAUGCUGUCCUCCUGCUGCAAAAUGACAGAUAUCAUGACGGAGGGGAUAACAAUUGUAGAAGAUAUUAAUAAGCGCCGAGAGCCGCUGCCUAGCCUGGAGGCUGUGUAUCUCAUCACUCCAUCCGAAAAGUCGGUGGAGUCUCUCAUUGCUGACUUCAAGGAACCCCCAAACGCCAAAUAUCGAGCUGCGCAUGUCUUUUUCACGGACUCUUGCCCAGAUUCCUUAUUCAAUGAACUGGUCAAAUCCCGGGCAGCAAAAGUCAUCAAGACCCUGACGGAGAUCAACAUUGCUUUCCUGCCCUACGAGUCCCAGGUUUACUCCCUGGAUUCAGGGGACUCCUUCCAGAGCUUUUACAGCCCUCACAAAGCUCAAAUGAAGAAUCCAAUUCUGGAACGCUUGGCUGAACAGAUCGCAACGCUUUGUGCCACGCUGAAGGAAUACCCGGCUGUGCGAUAUAGGGGGGAUUACAAGGACAAUGCUAUGCUGUCUCAGCUGAUCCAGGACAAAUUGGAUGCAUACAAAGCAGACGACCCAACCAUGGGAGAGGGUCCAGACAAAGCUCGUUCCCAACUUAUCAUUCUAGACCGUGGCUUUGACCCCAGUUCACCAGUGUUGCACGAGCUCACGUUCCAAGCCAUGAGCUACGACUUGCUACCCAUUGAAAAUGAUGUCUACAAGUAUGACACAAGUGGAAUCGGGGAGGCCCGGGUUAAAGAAGUCCUGCUGGAUGAAGAUGAUGACCUCUGGGUCACUUUGCGCCACAAACACAUCGCUGAGGUGUCCCAAGAAGUCACCCGAUCCCUGAAGGAGUUUUCUUCCAGCAAAAGGAUGAAUACUGGUGACAAGACCACCCUGAGGGACCUUUCGCAGAUGCUGAAAAAGAUGCCCCAAUAUCAGAAAGAACUCAGCAAGUAUUCUACUCAUCUCCACCUGGCUGAAGACUGCAUGAAGCACUACCAAGGCACCGUGGACAAACUCUGCAGAGUUGAGCAGGAUCUGGCCAUGGGUACCGAUGCAGAAGGGGAGAAGAUCAAGGAUCCCAUGCGCGCAAUUGUCCCCAUCCUGCUUGAUGCCAACGUCAGCACCUACGACAAAAUCCGGAUCAUCUUACUCUACAUCUUUCUCAAGAACGGGAUCACCGAGGAGAACCUGAACAAACUGAUCCAGCAUGCUCAGAUCCCUCCUGAGGACAGUGAGAUCAUCACUAAUAUGGCCCACCUUGGGGUGCCCAUCGUCACAGAUUCCACCUUACGUCGUAGAAGCAAGCCGGAACGGAAGGAGCGUAUCAGUGAGCAGACUUACCAGCUCUCCCGGUGGACUCCAGUAGUCAAAGACAUUAUGGAGGAUGCUUUGGAGGAUAAACUGGACACCAAGCAUUACCCGUAUAUCUCCACUCGCUCAGCUGCUUCCUUCAGCAGUACAGGCGCUGUCAGUGCCCGCUAUGGACACUGGCACAAGAAUAAGGCUCCCGGAGAAUACCGAAGUGGUCCUCGCCUCAUUGUUUUCAUCCUGGGCGGGGUUGCUCUGAGCGAGAUGCGCUGCGCCUACGAGGUGACGCAAGCCAGCGGAAAGUGGGAGGUGUUGAUAGGUUCUACACAUAUCCUCACCCCACAGAAAUUGCUGGACACGUUGAAGAAGCUGACCAAAGUGGACGAAGAAAGCACCAGUUAAACAUGCAUCGUCUUCAUACUUUCCUCCUCCUCUCUCUCUCUCUCUUUCUCACGCGCUCUCUCUCUCUCUCGUUGACCUGCUCCCCGAAAAUCAACUGAAUCGUUGGAAAAUCUGGCCAUCGCUGUUGACUUCUGGGCCUCCACUGCCUCUCCUAGAGUUUAAACGCAAGACCUUCCCGAACCGUCGUUCCUCACGAUUCCCUCCUCAUAGGAAGCCAAGCUAAAUAGGAAACAAAAAUAAUAAGAGUAAGAAUAAUAUAUGCAUCGGGUCUAAAGGACGAGUGGGGAAAGAUAAAAAGAGUAAUAUAUUCUGUACUAUAGAUACGAUCUCUGUAAUGCACCCAAGAAAAUAAAAAUUGUCAGGUUCAACUGUC